AUGAUUCCACUAAUAUUGUAUACUGACCUAAGACUUAUUCUAGUAUGGUCUUGGAGAGGCUUCUUGACAUUCCUUUACUUAUUAUUUAUUGGGUUUUCCAUAGUGUUACCAAUAGAUUCGAUUGUGCAAGCUACUGAAUCUUCAAAUGAUGCUUUGAAUACCUUUAUAGUAGUGGGUGCAAUUGCUUUCUUUCUGUUUUUUUCAAUAAUCAUCUUAGCAGGUAGGGCCAUCUAUUAUAGAAGUUGUCUUAAGGAUAUACCAAGAUAUUAUAUACCAUUAACACCAAAUGAUUUACCACAUAAACCAUCAAGACACUUGGUGCUUGAAAAAUUAGAAAAAUCAAAAAAGCUAAGUGUAAUCUUCAAAAUACCAAAUUUACCAGUCAUUCAUCCAGGUUUUGAACCACCACGUCGUUGUGAUGACCCAAAUUAUGAAAAAUUGUUCCCAGAAUACUUAAAUUAUUCCGUUUGUAUUAAAAAUAUAUCUGAUAGAUUGAAAUAUCAAGGAAUAUUCCUAAAUAAUGUAGAUCCUUCAGUUAACUUACAAGACACAAUAUCAGAUCUUAUUAGAAAUAAAUUCAUAUUAAAUUCAAACGACGAAGUUCAAAUUAGGAAUGCAAAUGACUUUAUAGAUUUAUAUGAAUAUUUACGCUAUUCUGGUAAAGAAGUUGAAAGAGCUGAUUUCAUUAAAUUUGUUCAAUUGUGUAUUUAUUUUGUUGAUUUGACCAUUAAUAAGAACGAUUUAUUGCAACGAAGUACAAAUAAUUCAGACGAUUUAGAUGAUAUUACAACUAGAAAUACUGUAAUUAAUCAAAAUCCUUUUAGUUCAGAAUUGAGCUUUGAUAUUAACUCUUUUAUUAGUGAGUUUAAUAAUCCGAUGUUUGAUUUAUCAACUGACUUAAAUACUUCAAGAUUUAAUGAUGAUACCAAUUUUAAUAAACCCAAUAUUAAAUCUAUUGAUAGUCAUUUAGGCCGUUCACGUUCUCAUACCAAUUCCAAAAAUAAUCACAGAGGUUUACAUGAUUCAACGUUACAUCUAACUUCAACAAUUAAUGAUGCUGACUCAGAAUCAAUUUUAAUAUUAACUUCAAAUUCGAAUUCCAAUGGAAAUUCUGUUUAUUCUAGUAAUCCAUUCAAUUCCAAUUCUUCUGAACAAGAUAUUGAAGAAUUUAGACCAGGUUUGUUGAAUAGAUUCCCGACUCAAACAAGUUCCCAAGAGCGAGUAUACCAAGAAGAUAUAUUUAUACAGCAUCCACAUAGUUCACAUCUUGCUCAACAGCAGUACAUGCCUUCACAACGGCAACCAUUAAGUUCUCAACAGGGAGGAAUGGAAUACCCUGGUAACCAAAUGGCGCAGAGUCAUUCAGUUAUACCACAAGGAACGGAUCACUCGAAUUCGCAAACUAGUUUAAUGGAGCCACCUAAAAUUUUCCUAUCCUCUAGUAGGAUGCCGAGCUUAAAUAUAAUAGAUGUGGUUGAGGAUGAAGAAGAUUCGACAGAUUCUGAUCCAAUAUCGAAGAUAGAAAGUUAUUAG